AAGUCAUCAAAUUCAUCCAUAUUUGGUUCUUGAUUUUUAAAUCUGUAUUACUCCAUAUUUGGAGUAAUAGAGAGCCCUAAAUAGUGUAGUAGAAGAAGGCCAAGAUUUCUGUUAACAUGAAACAAGAGAUGGAAAAUAUAGAGAAUCGACACAAUGAUCAUUCUAAGAAAGUUAUUUUCAACCACAUUAAUCGUUCCGUUACUCUUAAGUUUGAGAAUGUUGUUUACAAAAUUAAGACUGUAAAAGAAGGGUGUUUCAAGAAUUCCUCUAAAUCUGAGGAAGAGAAAAUGAUCUUGAAGGGUAUCUCAGGGAUCGUUUCACCGGGCGAAAUGCUGGCCAUAUUAGGCCCUUCAGGCAGUGGCAAAACAACUCUACUAACAGGACUGGGAGGCAGGCUCGUUAAUGGCCAUCUAGAUGGCGCUAUAACGUUCAAUAGCAAGCCCUUCUCAAAUGCCAUGAAGCGUAACACUGGCUUUGUUACUCAAGAUGAUGUUCUUUACCCUCACCUUACAGUGACCGAAACUCUUGUGUUCACUGCCCUCCUCCGUUUGCCUAAGACUUUUUCAAUUGAAUUAAAAACCGCACAUGCUGAAGCAAUUAUACCUCAACUCGGAUUAACAAAGUGCAAGGAUAGCAUCAUUGGAGGUCCGCUUUUGAGAGGAGUUUCUGGGGGGGAGAGGAAAAGGGUGAGUAUUGGGCAAGAAAUGCUUAUCAACCCGAGUUUAUUGUUCUUGGAUGAACCAACAUCAGGUCUUGAUUCUACUACAGCUUUAAGGAUUGUGUCUACUUUAAAGGAUUUAGCAAUGGGUGGCAGGACGGUUGUGAUGACAAUACAUCAGCCUUCGAGUAGGCUGUUUUACAUGUUCGAUAAAGUGUUGCUAUUAUCCGAUGGAAAUCCCCUGUAUUUUGGCAGAGGCGAAGAUGCAAUGGGGUACUUCUCAGGCAUCGGCUUUUCCCCCUUAGUUGCUAUGAAUCCCUCGGACUUCCUGUUGGAUCUUUCAAGUGGUACACUAUCAGAUGAUCCUCGCGUGUUAUCAGAAGGUCCUAGAGUAGAUCCAACGUCAGUUAAGCAAACUUUGGUGGUUGCUUUCAAAACCAAUCUAGCGGAGAACUUGAAGGAACAGUUAAAAGAAUCCGAGAUUCAACAGGUUGAAGAGAAAUUACAUGAGAAGAAAUUCAAUCAAUGGUCAAAUACCUGGUGGCAGCAAUUCUCAGUGAUACUCAGAAGAGGGCUGAAAGAACGAAAACAUGAGUCCUUCUCUGGCCUCAAAGUUGGACAAGUCUUGGCGGUGGCUUUCCUGUGUGGAUUGUUAUGGUGGAAAUCUAACAACAUUCAAGAUCAGAUUGGGCUUCUGUUCUUCUACACUAAUUUCUGGGAAUUUUUUCCUAUGUUCCAAGCUAUUUUUACCUUCCCACAAGAGAGGCUGAUGCUGAAGAAAGAAAGAUCAUCAGGCAUGUACCGACUCUCCGCGUACUUUAUGGCUAGGACUGUAGGUGACCUUCCAAUGGAGCUUGCCCUUCCAUCUAUUUUCACUGUUAUAACCUAUUGGAUGGCUGGCCUAAAACCAUCUGUGCGAAGCUUCUUUGCUACCUUAUUCAGCCUCCUUGUCAAUGUUUUAGUCUCCCAAGGCCUCGGACUUGCUAUUGGUGCAAUGUUCAUGGACCAAAAAUCAGCCACUGUACUUGGUUCAGUCAUCAUGCUAUCGUUCACCUUAGCCGGAGGGUACUUUGUUCAGCAUGUCCCGAGUUUCAUCUCUUGGAUAAAGUACAUAUCAAUUAGCCAGUAUGCAUACAAGCUCUUGUUGGUGUCCCAGUAUAGUCCAGGUGAAACGUAUUCAUGUGGUGUAAACACAACGUGUCUAAUUGAAGAUUUUCCUUCCAUAAAGCCUUUAGGUCUUGGGGAUAAAGCCACCUCAGUGGUUGCAUUGGGUAUUAUGCUAUUAGGUUACAGGUUCUUGGCUUAUGUUAUUCUUAUGAGGAUUGGUGUGACAAAGAAAUAGGCUUUGCUUUACUUGUAGAACAUUAGUAGGUUUCAGCAAGUGUCCCAUUUGUCCUUUUUAUUUGUCGUCUGCUGAGAUAUACUAGCCAUGUUAGACAAUUAUGCAAUUGAUCUAACUCUAUUUGGUUUCUAGACUAUCAAAAUUUGGUAAAAACAUUUGCUAUUAGUACUUUGUUUA